AUGAAAGCGAUAUUUUCAGAAGAUGAUGCAGCAGCACUCACAAAUCUUGUUCCGGCAUCGUUUGCUUUAAAGGGGACGCCUCCUCCGUUGCCAGGGGCUUCGCGUGCGGACCUUGGCUCGGCUAAGCAGCCAUCAGCUUUGAAGCUUGAAGGAAAUAUUUGUGAGCAUGCCAUUCGGAAAUUCCGUGACGAUGACGAUCUAUUGAAAGAGGAAAGGUUGCUGCACCGCGCAACCGCCAAAUGGGCUUUGGUGGUUUUUCGUUACGCCAGGGAGCUCGGCCUUGCUCCUGAGACUGAGGAGGAGAUCAUUGCUUGCUUUGGUACCAGGUCGGUGCACACUAUCACCAAGCGUGCCAACACGUUUGCCGCUUACUUGAGGUGGGUGGAUGUUGUGUCUAACUCCAAUGUGUCUGCCUUUUGUGAUGCAGCUUACUGGAAGUACUUGAAGUUCUUGGAAUCGUCCGGGGCGGCUGCCUCGAGUGCCACAUCCUUUUUGGCCUCCGCGAGGUUUUGCAAGUUUGUAUUGGGGUUGUCCCGCGUGGAGGAGCCCAGCCGCAAGUGUGCCGGCCUCGCAGAGAAAUUAGCUGGUCAGGCUGGGGUUGUUAGGCAGGCAGCGCCUCUGACGGUGGAUCAAAUCCUCGUGAUUCAUGAAGCCUUACACAGUGAACAUACGAGCAGGUGGGACCGUGCUUUCUGUGCUUACUGCUUGGUUGCCUUGUACGGCCGUGCCCGCCAUAGUGACUUGAAGAGGGUCUCCCAUAUUGAGUGGGAUGUGCCGCAGGACACCGAUCGGUCACGGCAAGGCUCCCAAGGUUACAUUAUCAUCUAUACCAAGCACCAUAAAACAUCCAGGGCCACGGCGAAGAAACUUCGGCUGCUCCCCAUUGUUAUUCCAGUUGCAGGAAUCCACAGCAGGCCUUGGAUACACGCGGCCCAGGACGCCUUUGUGGCUGUGAACUUAACCUUGAGGGGCGAGGUUGGCGGUCCGUUAUUUCGGCCGCCUCGGAGUUUUGACUCCCUCAGCUUAUGCAGACGUAGCAUCACAUCCGACGAAGUGUCAGUUUUCGUUCGGCUCUUGCUCGGCCUCAGCCGAGAUGCCCCUAGUGAAGGGGAUCGAGUUACGAGCCACAGCAUGAAAAGGACCUGCCUUUCCUGGGCCAGUAAGGCGGGUUUUGACCGCUUGACUCGGAGUUGCCUAGGAAGGCACGCCUACGCGACUGAAGGGACUGAGGCUAUUUAUUCGGUGGAACUUAGUUUGCCGCAUGUGCAAAAGCUUGAGGCCCUCAUCAAAUUCAUCGUGAACGGAUCCUUUGCCCCAGACGCAUCAAGGGCCUUGAUGUGGGCGUUCCCGCCGCCAGCUGCUGAGAUUGCUUCGCCAGGACAUUUCACGGUGCCCGUGGAGACUUCCAGCGUACCGCUGGCAGAUGAACGGUCGGGGGCUGUGGAACCUGACUCUGGGGAUGAAGGCCAGAGUAGCAGCUCCACUUCGAGUUCCAGUAGUAGCAGUGAGUCGGACUCUGAUGGAGAACCAGAGGGGUCCCCCAUGAAAAGACGCAGAGCAGCACUUGCGGAUGAUAAGCGUGUCGAGCCUGAAGGUGGGUGGGUAGUGCAUCGUCGCUCCCACAUUUUGCACCGUGUUUAUCGUGACAAGAUUUUGAUGUGUGGAAGGCCCAGAACCCAAGCUUAUGACUUGGUAGAGGACGUCACGUCCUGCGGCGCCGCUAUGACUUCGUUGGUGGAAUCAGAAGCCCAUUUCGUGCAGCGUGCAGCUGAGGUGCGGCUGUCAGACGCUUCAGUUCAGGCGUUGCGGCGCCAUGGGUUCAGGACCUUGGGGCAGCUCGCUUACACAGUGGGCCAACCAGGCCAGUUGAUACCGGAGGCUGAGUUCACCGAUUGGUGCCGCAAUCAUGUGCCAGCAGCAUCAGCAGCUGAUCUUGCAUCGUUGAAGCGGUUAUUGUUUGAGGCACAAACAUUAGCACUCACGCAGCUCCGAGCUCAGGUGACCGAACCUGAUUCAGCUAGUAAGCGGGUUCCAGAGGCUGAGCGUGAGCGCCGGCUUCAGCAGUUGCGGGAUGAGCUGAGUGGCCUCAACAUUGAAGGGCCUCUGGAGCCGGGGCGGAAGCUUUUGGACGAAUGCUCUCAUCAGGAAGCUGUCGGUCAAUUGAAAUACCUUUCUCCCGACAAAUGUGUCAGUCGCCUGCAUGAGGUCACGCAUGCCAAGGAUUCAUCUCGACAGGUGGAAAUCGACCAGAGUCGGCUCAUCAUCAAAGAAACACAGGACGAAUUCUCGAUGCCUGCAUCCUCAGCCCUUCAGGUCCAGGAGGCGUUGCGGCGUCGGGGCCUAGCUUACACAUUUGCCCAAGCUGUCAGCUGGAAUGCAUAUGAUAAGUAUGUGACCAAGCUGUUUGGUCAUAUGCAUCGUGACCCGCCGCCAAACCAUAAUCGCAUUUCGGUGAGUCAGAUCGUUGAAGCCGAUAGGUUGGUCUUUACCCGUCUCAUUGAGCUUAACAUCAAACCCAAACAGGAACCCAGUGGCGCACGGCCUAUGGACGAAGCCUUGCAUGCAGCACUCGAGUCCUACCAGGUCAGUUUUGCUUUGAUGCAUUUGGCUAGCAAGGGGGGCAACACUCCUCGCCGACCUUGGAAGCGGCCGCGAGUGCAACCGGAUGCCGCUGCUGCCUCAGUGAACCCGGAGACAAAGAAGGGCAAAGGAAAGGGUAAGAAAGGCAAAGCCGCACCGUGGAUCAGCAUCCCUAAAUUCAUUCGGGACCGGGGCGGUGUGGCCGUCACGCCGGCGGGUGAGCCCAUAUGCUUCACUUACAGUAUCCAUGGGAAGUGCAAUACGCCUGGUUGCACCAGGAAGCAUGCUGCGGCCUCUGGUUGUGUCACGGGUGAUGCUCACGUCUUCCAAGGGCACGGCCCGGUCAAGCUUGAUCCCGUCCUCUUCUCAGGUUUGUGUGAAGAGUUUGGCCGGCAGGUUCCUUUCGUUGAUCAUCCUGCGGAAGCUCUCGCCAGGACGAUUCUUGACUCCAAGUCCUUUGAAUUCACUUGCAUAGCUGAACUUGUCAGUUUGCUUCCAUCUGAAGCUCCCGCGCGUUCCGAUGGCGUAAAUCCUGGAGGCCAUUCCUGGACCUCUGGCGCAUACGUCCUCGGUGGCAACCUUGGAGCCAGGUUGAACAUGAAACUUUUUCCUGCGGUAUCGGCCCUACUGGCCGUUGUGCUGCGGGCCGCAUGCGACGAUGCGGUUUUCACCAGUCUUGCAUUGCUUACGAAUCAGUCUGCGUGGUUGCACAGAGACCUCAAUAACGCCUGUGAAUCGCUCAACACAGCGGUUGCCUUAUCGAGUUUCAGUGGUGGCGGCAUCUGGGUUCAAGGCGGCGGCACCGUGCAGUGCCCACUUGAUCCGAGCUUGGAACCAGGAUGCAUUCACUCUUUUGCUGAUGGAGUUGUGCAAUUUGACUCACACAGCCUGCAUUGCACUCAGCCGUGGGCAGGUACUAGGUGCAUUCUUGUGGGUUUCGUUGUUAAGGGCUACCAGGCUUUCUCGCCCGACCUGAUAGGCGACCUUUUGAAACUGGGGUUCAACCUUCCCGACUUAGGCACUGGCGAUGUCUUCGCAGCGCCAUCAGGGGUGUCCAGCUUUCCAGUUGUGCUUGAAAUUUUCUCCGGCGCGGGUCGUCUGACGGCCCAGCUCAGGGCUCGUGGGGCCUCUGGAUCUUUAGCAGUCGACUCCAGUCAAGUGUCUGCACCUGCAGCCCCGCCUAAGGUUCUUGAUGUAGCGACAAAUCAGCAGCUUCUGUCCUCCUGGCUGGAAGCCGAUCAUGUUGUCGGUGUGCAUUUUGCCCCGCCAGUUGUGAUGCCUCCACCCUUGGAACGAGCUGUUCAAUACCUCGUCUCUCGAGCUGUGGAACUUGCCCUUCUUGUGUCCAUUGAGUUGCCGGCGAAUUCAACCUUCUGGAGCUCUGCAGCUGGCCGCAAGGUGCGAAGCCUCUGCCCUUACUUGAGAGUUUUCCCCCUUGCUGAUUGUGCCGAUGCCAACGCAAGUUCUUUGUUGGUUAGCAAUCGUGAUGUCUUCGAUGGCUUUGCCACCGCUGCACAUGGCGCGCCUGCUGUCUCCUCUGAGGCGGCUCAGCUUUGGGAUCGAACAUACACUUGGGAGGUAGCUGCAAAGUUGGCCGACGGCUUUGUGCCCCGGCGCUUCCUCUUCGCCGCGCCUCAGGUGGCAAGUACACGAGCUGCGACAAUGUCCCAGCCCAAGGCCUCCAAGUUCCCCGCCCUUGUCUCUGAACAUCAGCAAGUCCUGUUGGUGCGCGGUCACAUGGACUGGCCGGUUGCCCGCAUGGAGCGUUUAAAGUCUGACCUUGAAUUGCCUCCUCACCUUCAAUGCCCCUUGCGUGUCCUUCCAGCUGGAGCUCAGUUGCUUCGGGUUACUAAGACGGUUAAAAAGGGGGUUGGUUCGGGGUUUUCGGGUGAGGAGUGGGUGUCGGCUUGGGGUGUUCCUAGGGAUCCCCAGGAGUUUGUGGCUGGGGCAAUCAGGGCCGGACACCCUUGCAAGUGGGAAGCUGCUCUCCCGCAGGUACUGCAGGAUGCCAUCCAGCGGAACGCAUCUUCUUCAGCCGAGCAAUUAGCUCGAGACCGAGCGCUCUUUUUCAAGACGUGGCUGUCAAGGGCAAAGGAGUUGGAAAGUGAAGAAGCUUCCUUUAAAGCAUCUUUGGCACCCCAUGUGUCCAGCAUUUUGGCACCGAAACGCUUGCUCUUGUUCAAGGAACUCCUUUCGGCUUAUGAGUAUCCGGAUCCCGAAGUUUUCGAUGAGAUCACGCGCGGCAUCCGGCUCACAGGCCAGACGCCGAACACUGGAAUAUUCCCGCCAACAUUUAAGCCAGCGGUGCGCCAAGCUGUUGAUCUUGAACAAUGGGCCCCUGGAGCUAGGUCUAGAGUUCUGGAGUGCAUCAAACCGCAAGGCGAUGUGGACGCCGUGGUCCAUGAGAAGACGGUCGAAGAGCGGGAAAAGGGAUGGGCUACGGGACCCAUUCCUUUGCAAUCACUGCCGCAGGACAGCUUGAUUAGUCGUAGAUUCGGGCUUAGGCAGGGGGAGAAGAUUAGGUUAGUGGAUGACUUGAGCUUCAGCGGGGUUAACGAAUUGGUUACGGUUCAGGAGUCUCCUAAACCCCACGGGCCAGACGUCGUGGCUGCUGCCAUGUUGACGUUCAUGCGACUCGCCCCAGGAGUGCCCCUUCAAGGCCGACCGUAUGAUUUGCGGUCUGCCUAUAGACAGCUGCCGGUGCAUCCAGAAUCUUUGCGACACUCCUACGUCGCUCAUUGGAACCCCACUGCGGGUUCCAUUGAGCUUGAUCAACUGCUUGCACUUCCGUUUGGAGCUUCACGGUCAGUGUUCGGAUUCCUUCGAGUAGCCACAGCCGUGUGGUGGCUGGGAUGUGUGGCGCUAAGCCUGUGCUGGAGCGUCUUCUUUGACGAUUUUAUUACAAUUGCCAAGUCCUGUGACAUCGGACACACGGAGGCAACCGUUUGCACCUUCUUCAGACUUCUAGGUUGGCUAUUCGACGAAUGCGGCUCGAAAGCCGUCGAUUUUAGUACAUCCUUCAAAGCGUUGGGUGUCUUGUUUAAUCUUGCCCAGUCCCCUAAGGGGCUAGUCACCAUUUCCAACACCCCAACUAGGAUCACUGAGCUAACCACCGUAAUUUCUACUUUGUUAGCCUCGCGGAAACUGACAAGGGCGGAAGCACAACGCCUCCGCGGCAGGAUGCAAUUUUGCGAUAGUUUCUUGUUCGGUCGGGCGUCGCGCUUGAGCUUGCAGGCAGUGUCACGGCAUGUGCAUUCGACACAUGAUGAGGUGAUUGAUGGAGACUUGUGGGACUCGCUGCUUCGUUUCCACAAUUGUUUGCAGGAGAGUAGGCCACAUGUGGUCACGGCAACUCAUCAGGACUCCUUGCGCUUCGUGACUGCGUUAGUUUCCUUGGCUGAAUCACUUGUGGACACUCUAGGUUAA